GAGGAAGGUGGCAGCUCUGGUAACUGUGAAAGCAGCCAGUCUUCUUGUUUUGGGUCUAGUUUGGUGCGAUCUGGUCCACCCACUCGCCAUUUCUUAAGGAGAGACCACCGCCGUCUCCCAGAGCUUGGAGUCGCUAGGACUUCUCCCCCACAACUUGGGUGCCGAGGAGACUCUGAUGUUGAACUUGGUAGAUCAGCCCAUUAAAACUUCCAUACUCAGACAAAGAAACAGAUCUGGCAGAAAACAAUAAUUGUUAUCCUGGGCCAGCCAGCAGGGGAGAAGACAAGUGGUGGAAAUCCUACAGUCUGCAAAGCAGACUGAAAGGUGACAUAGAAGCUGGAGAUGGGUGGUGAAGAGAGAUUCGACAUUCCAGUUUCCCAAUCUAGAAAUGUUAGUAAGAACCAACAAGAACAACUUAAUAAGCAAAAGAACAAGGAUCAGAAUCCCCAGAUGAAGAUUGUUCCUAAGAAGAAAAAAAGAGGACAUUCCUUUAAUUCAUCUUCAGCUGCAUGGCAGGCUGUACAAAGUGGGGGGAAGAAUGGGCAUUUUCCAAAUAAUCAAAAUUGGAAUUCCAGCUUAGCUAGUUCCAAUUUAUUUUUGAAAUCUCAAACUAAUCAGAACUAUGCCGGAGCCAAAUUUAGUGAGUCCCCAUCACCAAAUGUACUGCCUAAACCUCCCAGUCACUGGGUUACAGUUUCAUUGAAUUUUUCUGAUAAAGAAAUAGUGACUUUUCAAAUGAAAACCUUACUUAAAGUCCAGUUGUGAUGUGAGAUAAUCAGAUUGUUGAUGUUUAAAUGUUUAGGACUUCAGGUAUUUGAUAGGAGUGAAUCAGACUUUGUUCCUGGAUAUAGCUAGAGAAUUUGUCUUUCGUCUAUAUAGAGCAGCUGACUGAUUAUAGUAGGUAAUACUUGAUGUAAAAUUUCAUCAUGCUUAUGUGUUUUGUGUGUAUGUUCACAUGUGCAUGUGCCUUCAUUGCCUUGUGACUAAGGAGAUGGCACUUUGAAAUCAGUUAUUCAGAAUGUUUGGGCUUGAUGUCAGCUAUCCUUAAUUGAAGAGUAACUUUUCAAGUUUUGAACUUCAAAUCAUGGUUUGAAUCUUAAAGGGAGAUUUAUGGUAUAGACUAAUGGACUUUUUUCAGCCAAAUUUAUGUAUUAUGUUUAUAGACAAAAACAGUAGUACAGUGAACAUUUAAUG